AUGACUGAAAAAAAGUCAGAGAAUAAAAGCCAUGAUCAGUCUUUUGUCACAAAUUCAGGUCAUUUUGACGACAGUACGUCGAGCAAUAAAAAAAAACUUGACUUUACCGAAAAGAACAUUAUAAUGCAAG